CAAGGGAGUUCUUGGUUUCGACAUAGUUCGAUUCGAGCAACUGUUCAGCAAGAUCUACCUCUAAACUCAUCAUGAAGUUCUUCAUCGUUGCUCUGGCCCUGUUUGCCCUGGCUGUUGCCCAGGAGGAUGAUGGUGACAAGUACACCUCCAAGUACGACAAGAUCGAUCUGGACGACAUCUUGGGAUCGGAUCGGCUCUUCAAGAAUUACUACAACUGCCUGCUGGAUCAGGGUGCGUGCACCCCGGAAGGUAAUUACCUGAAACGUGUCCUGCCGGAAGCCCUGGAGACCAACUGCGCCAAGUGUACCGAGAAGCAGGACGCCGACAGCACCAAGACCAUCAAGUAUCUGUCCGAGAACCGACCGGCCGAGUGGAAGGUGCUGAAGGCCAAGUUCGAUCCGGAGAACAAGUACGUCGAGAAGUACGUGGACAAGGCCGAGAAGGAGGGAAUCAAGCUGUAAAUGAAUGUUUUGGCAAAUUGAAGAAACGGAAUCGAGAAAUAAACUUGAAUCUUUAGCAUUUAAA